AUGAUCAAAUUCUUGCUAUUUUUAGCUAUUGCAGCAGCAACUGUCAUAUCAAAUGCAGAAUUGGCUGUACCAACUGCUUCAAUUUCGGCCCACGUCCUAGACAUUUCUGGUGGCUCACCAGCUGGAGGAAUUCAAAUCCUUGCUUUCAUUCUGCUAAAUAAUGGAUGGACUAAUAUUGGAUCACAAUUCACCCAAGACAACGGGCGUGUUGACUGGGUCUCACCUGACUUCACGCUUAUUCCUGGAACAUACCGAUUGGUCUACAUCACAGAACCAUACUACACAGCAAAAAACGUAGAGAGCUUCUAUCCCUAUGUGGAGGUUGUAUUCAACAUUCGCAACGCUACACAACACUAUCAUGUUCCAUUGACUCUGAGUCCAUGGGGAUACUCUACCUACCGUGGAUCAUAA